CAAUAUGCGAUAAGCCCUCCGCAGGUCAUUCCUGAGAGCUUGGGCAUCGAUCAGAGCAAUCGCGGUGAUGAAGUCGUCGCGGGCGGUAGAAAGCGGAGAAAGGAGGACCAGAGAAAGCAGGAGCUCGAAAACGACGAGUACACCGAGGAUGUGCAACCCACAUCCGUCAGGUGUCGCGGAUGUCAGAAGGCCAUCAGCCUUGACAAACGCUCCAGGUACUAUCCUGGACUGUGGGUCAAGCACAGGAGCAAGUGCCCUGGCAUCCUCGAGCUAGAGGAAGAUAAAGAGCUAACCAGGAGAAGAGACUGGUUUUUUCAGCUAAAUCCAGAACCGCGCCCACCAGCCGCCUCCUCAUUUGACGCGAGCGGUGAAAAUUGGGAAGAGGGAGAGUCAGAAGAGGAUGAGGACGAGGACAGGGUAGUGGGAUUCAGCAGUAAGUUAGUCCUCGAUGGGAGCAGAUACUGUGAUUCAUCACGAACUCUAGCGUCGAACGUGCAAUUCUAUGACGACUGCUGGGACAGGGGAGAAAGGUGAUGGGCGUACCGGUACG